AUGGGGCAAAAGGAGGAGGAGCUGAGCAGUCGCCUGUGCUGCUUCCACCGCCUCCCUCUCUCUCUCGCCGCCCGCCUCAGUCAUGUUGCAAACAGGUGCCGCUUGCAUUUUGCACUCCGUUUUUGCCCGGGAUCGGUGGUGCCGCUUGGUGGACGUACGCCCUCCCUGCUAGGUGCCGGUGCUGGAGGGGUACGUAGGAUGAGUUCCAGGCGGGGCACCUUCCUGGAGCUCCUGCAGGCGGCGCUGGUGUGGCCUCCAGGAGGGGAGGGGUCACACAACAAAAGCGCUGGGGUCGCUGGCGGCGUGGGUGGGUCUUCGCCCCCCGCUUCCCAGCAGGCGGCCCCGCAGGGGCUCGUCCACUGGAUGAGCGUGAUGGCUGAGCACAUGAACAACCCCCACCACGAUGCUGUGCAUUAUAUGUGGAAUGGAGUCGAGAGUAAAAUGAACGCAGCUCCUGAUCAGCACAACUCUUCAUCGCCCAUGCAUAAAGCUAUGAGCUUGGGGAGCGGUUGGAGUGGACUGUUGCAAGGUCAUCCGAACAGCCUGGAUGAGCGGCUAGACGGACGCGGGCUGGACAUAUCGUCCCACAACAUGGCGCCCGCGUCCCUCUACGCCCGCAGUAACGGCUCCGCGUCUUCGGCGUCGCCACCCACCGUCUCCACGCCCUCCAUGCUCAUCGUCCCUCAGCCCAUCAACGCAGCAAAGGUCCCGCCCUCGACCCCGGGCAUUGGACAAAACCCGGCAAAUAAUGGAUCCGCUCGCAAGUACCAGUGCAAGAUGUGCCCUCAGAUGCAGCAAGACACGAUAUUUGGAAGCAAGGCUGAUCUUCAGUUGCACACCCAAAUUCACAUGAGAGAAGCCAAACCAUACAAAUGUUCCCAGUGUUCAAAGGCCUUUGCAAAUUCUUCAUACUUGUCCCAGCAUACUAGAAUUCAUCUGGGCAUAAAACCUUACCGAUGUGAAAUUUGCCAGCGUAAAUUCACCCAGCUAUCACAUCUGCAGCAACACAUCCGUACCCACACAGGAGACAAACCAUAUAAAUGCCGUCAUCCAGGAUGUAACAAAGCCUUCAGUCAGUUAUCCAAUUUACAGAGCCAUUCUCGAUGCCACCAGACUGAUAAACCCUACAAAUGUAAUUCUUGUUACAAGUGUUUUGUAGAUGAGGCUUCACUUCUGGAACAUAUUCCGAAGCACAAGGAGAGUAAGCACCUUAAAACUCACAUUUGCCAGUACUGUGGUAAAAGUUACACACAAGAGACAUAUUUGCAGAAGCACAUGCAAAAGCACGCCGAGCGCACAGACAAGAGGCCUAGCUUAAGUGCUCACACGUUAAGACAAGAUAACCCCUAUUGGCCGAAACCAGAAGCUACUGCUCUUGAUUCUAUGGAUGGUAGAAUGUCUGAGGCAUGCUUGCAGGGAGGCCUCGAUCCAACAAGACACCUUCCUUCCCGCGACCCUCAUAUUGACCCUAGGGCUGAGGAGCUGCGCCAUACUCCUGCCCACAUGCCUACUUCCAACAUGUCGUAUGACUCCAUUGCCACUAAAACAUCGUCUGCAUUUACUCCAAUCCAAACAAGUAUGCUGCCAAUUAGCGGAGGGACCCAAUUAUCUAUGGCGGCGUCGUCCUCUCAGCGUUACUUCCCAUAUGAGCCAAUCAGUUUUCCCAAGACACACUCGCAAAUGCCCUCCAUGGAUGUCAAGCCCAACCAGUUCCCAAAUCAGCUUAUCUCUCUCCAUCAGAUUCGCAACUAUGCCCACCAGCCGACUAUGAGUUCUGAUUUGCUCCUUAAGGACAAAGGUGUUACUCAAUAGUUUGUUUGGUGGACUGCAGACCGCACCCAGGCUCUUAACACUGACUGGGAAUGGACUGCAUUCAAUGGCCUGCGACUCAGGCGCUUCCCUACAGUGCUUGGGCUGCAGUGUGCGGACCGAGCUGGUAGGAGGGGCAGAAUACAGGGUAUUGAUGGCACGGGGCAGGGGCACGGGAGAGGGCGCCGUCUGGCAGCAACAGCAGCAGUUGUCGCACCACUCCCAGCGAGAGCCCAGUGACAAGUUGUGAUAGGUGCCCAGUGGAAUGCUGGACAAGGUCUGUAAGACAAGUCGCCUGACUCUAAGGAAUGCUUUCUUUGAAGGAAAAUGUUAAGUGUAAUUGUGCAAUAACCACACUAAAGGGAAGAGAACAGUGUGUUGCAGGAACUGCUUCUCAUUUUUAAUGGUUGCUAUUGUUAAAGACCGAUCAGUUUGGUUGUGGAGGUAAAACGGACAGGAGAGUGCUAUGGGGUUUGAAUGGAGUUAAGGCGAGGUGGUGGUAGUGCAGCACUGGACAUUCAAAACGUAGCACCUAUAGCAUCAAAAAUAACAGCUAAAGCCAAGUGCUCUCCCGUACAAACCCACCAGAAUACAGUUCACGUUCCUCUUCACUGUUCAAGUGAGCAACUCUCCAAUAUCGUGAUAGCUAAACAAGCAAUACUGUUACUAGUUAUGGUGCCUUCCACCAUCCAUCGAAACCCAUAGAUUUUCCCAAGACAAUUUUACUUUGUAGCACAAAAGAUCAUUUGUUUCUUUAAUUUUAAAACUAUGAACAGUAUUUUCUAUAUGAUGUAUUUUCUUCUUCCUUUGUUUUCCCUGAAUAUCUUGGUACCUAAUUUUUUUCUGCCAAGCGUCCAGACUUGUUCAGUGAGGUCUGAUUAUGUCAGCUGGUCAAUUUUCCAAUUCAGAACAAAAAUUGCCCUUGAGGAAGAUACAUCAGUGAAAACAAAUAAUCAUUGAGCACGGCUGGACGCCUGCAUAUUCAGUAUAUUCUACCUCCAAAAAUAGACUGCUCCAGAUUAAAUUGUUUUAGAUACAGUACUUAAGGUUUUAAAAGCCAGUUGGCCCCCUGUCCUCGGGCCUCAUAGUCCUGGCAUCUGGCAAGGUCUCCCCUCGGGUCCUCUAUUAAUUGAACAUGGACUCAAUCACCCUAAACCUCGUUGCCCACGCAAGACUGCCUAGCUGAACCAGCAGGUAGUGCUAACCUCCUCCAUCCAGGAAGUAUACGAUUAUUUCUACGUUAUGUCUUGUGAGUGUAUUAAAGUCUGAAGUCUCUCGUAGUUGCAAGUAUCCCAUUAUCAGAAGAUGUGGGUCUCUAAAGAAGAGCUUCUGGCAGACUCGAAAAGAUGUGUCCUUUAAAGAUUAAAUGUAAAUAUUUUUAGACAGCUUUUUGACCAAAAUAAGAAACCAUUUUAAGGAUGAUAUUCGGAAGACUGUAGAUUUUACAAGACUCCUGCCAGGGGUUCGCCUUGUCAUGACCCGCCCCAAAGUUCUCAGACCUCAUUCAUUUGACUUUGUAAGGCAAUCAGGGGCCAAGCAUUAAAACGCCACAUGUUACAAUAUUCAGCACUUCUGUUUAAUCUACAUUCUUCCGCUAAGAUUUACAGGUACUUUACACUUUGACUUCAGUCUCUUAAGGACACUACUUUUGUAUGCUGCAAAAUUUAUGUAUAAUGCAUGGGUAGCAGGUUAUGAGAAGUACUUAGUAGGGUACAUUGCUAGUGUGAAUUGUUACUCCAUUUCCUUUUGUACUUACGACUAUAGGGCGUGGAAUUAUAGGAUAUUGGUUCAUUUUCUAUAUAUUUGCAUGGAUAAUAGAAUUUAGCAACAUCUGUCGUAUAUUAUGAAAAAAAAUGUGAUGUUGAUAGACAAGAGGUAAAGAGUGUCAGAGUGAAUGUAUGUGACAAAAAUAAGCUGAGAUUAGCUUAAUAAAAUAUGUGAGCAUCAAAGACUCGGGGCCGCAUUUUGGAUGCAUUUGAUUUAUAUAGAAAUCGUUUUGAUAUUUACUCUCAAAGUAAUUACCAAUAAACUGUUGUUGCUUUUAUAAUUCUGGGCAAAUCCCAUUACUUGUAAGAUCCGUUUGCUUUAGAAGUAUUACUUGCUCUUGAUUUAGGAUCUUUAAUACGGCUCCAUGAUCGUCAGUGAUGAGUGAUAUUUUGUACAGUCCAACCUCUCCCCAAUGAUAUUAUUGUAAGAGAAACUAUACAUCAAAAUAUGUUUGCUCAACAUUAGCUACUUGUUCGUUUGGCAUGUUAACUGAUGUUUGUGUUUAUUGUUAACUCAAGGUGUUGACUGUUAUAUAACGGCUCACUAAAGUCAACUCGAGCGGAAUUCUCGUAUUUAACAUAACUCAGUUUAUAAAAGCUAAUCUGCAUUCUGAUUGGUCUGAAAGAAAUGGUUCUUUCAGGAAGCUAUACCAAUUGGAAGGAACCUUAGCUUGGGCAAACAGGUUGUGCUUUCCACGGAAAUUCCUCUAUUGGGAAGCCUCAAAUUGCUUGACCCCCAGAGUCCGUGGUGUACUCUUAUGAGGUUCAAAAAUACUUCACAAGCAAACGACUGCAUUGUUUCUAUUUUCUGUAAUUUUAAUAGUCAUAUUAUUUGAAAUACAUGUAUUUUGUAAUGCUAUUUCAGGAAAACUUCCUUACUGCCAUUUCCCCCGGCCUGGCCCAGUUUCAUGUGUAAAACUAUUAGUCAGAUUACCCUUCUUGGAAAACCUCAUGACUGCAUUAAGACUCUGGGAAAGCAAGGCUCUCCUGUACGUCCUCGCAGUAUGGUUGUACACUGCGUGCAUGGCUAGCUAUUAGCUUUUUGUUGAGUAUAAAUACAAUUGUUUGUAUGAAAUUUUGACAUCUUUUUAUUUUGUUUAACUCCGUUUUGUCUCCCCAGGGCCAAGUUUCUCCUGCAAUUACCCCUCCCAUCUGCAGUACUUACUGUACCACUUUUGUUAGCUUAUUCUUUAGCUACUUUUUUCAACAUUCUAAUUUCUGUUUUCUUUUGAGAGAUGGCUAAGCCAUAGUUUUAUGUCUCAGCUACACCUCUGAGUUGGUGAAACUCGAACCAGUGCGGCUUUCAAUACAAUACAAUAUAUGUUUUGUAUCCAGCUCUUGAGUACCCACAUCUGUUUACUUCUAAUAAAACUUUUGAUGUCUGGCAUUAUCAGAUAAUAUAUUACUGUUGUAAAGUUGUUUCUAUUUUGUUACUAAGAAAAAGAAGAUAGAGAUGAAUUGUAAAGUGUGCUUGCUGAUUGUAAGGUUGGCUGGAUGAGUUGGCCUAGUGAAGAUGGUGAUGUUAAGCAUUUUACUGUGCUUGCUAUCUGUGGCCCAGUUCUCUACAGACAGAUCAAGCUUACAGCAAACUUUGCAUCAUGGCCCUCACUAUUAACAGUGUGUAACACUGUCUAAACUGUGUGCGGAUGACUCCUCAAGCUGAUUGGCCAUCUCCCAUCAUUCAACCAUGGUUUACCCCCAAGCACACAGGUGUUGCUGUUGAAUGUGACUCAAUUUUUUGCCUGGUGCCGUUUGAUGGGAAGGUGGUACAAUGUGAUUACAUGUGAAAUAACAUGUUUAAUGAAUGUUCCGGUGGUGUUGCUAAGAGGAUAGAUGUAGGGCAUCUGAUGCCCAACCUCCCCAAAAACAAGGUGAUUGGAAUUUUCUUAAUCCCAGGCUAAAAUUAAAUGGGCUUUUGGUCUUGCCAUUUUGUGUUUAUUGGUCACAGAAUUUUCCUGCUGUGAAAAAGAGUAAGGGAAGAGAUGUAUAUAUACUGUGCAUGAAUUGUUUGAAGGGAAAUUGGCUUAAAUUUUCAUGUUAGAUGAUAACCGAGUGAUUUUUCAGUUUGAGAUAUGGAAGAUUUUAUAUAUAUGCUAUGGUGCUGCAUUUGUUCCUCAAAGAUUACCUUAUGUUAUCCAGAUGUUGCAUUUUUAGUACCGAAUUUUUCUUGUUGUUUCACAAGUUUUCGUUAUGUGAAUGGAAGAGCUGCAUUAUUACUGUUUAAAUAUUAUUAUCCUCUGAAAAGUUUGCUGAGAAAGAUUUCAAAAUGGUUUCGUUACCUCUACUACGGUAGUGGAGUGUAGUACAAAGUAGGUCGAGUAAGAUUAAGCUUAGUUAUAUUAAAAAAAUAAUAAAUAAAUAAAUAAAUAAAUGUUAAAUGGUGAAAGGAUCUUUCUCAAUGAACACAACCAAACCAGGAUUUUUGUCAUGACAAGAGGUGGGUGGUGCAGAGUCGAGAUUGUUUUAAUCUCCGGUAUCCAUGACACUUGGUUAAGUACGUACGUCCCUCCAGCCCUGAGGACUUUCUUCCUGUUUUACCAGGGAGGUUUGGAUUGGGCAAAUGGGAAAACAAUUUUUACAGGGUAUUUUAUUCUAUAAUCAGACUCUGUAACCACCCAAAAACUACCUCCAACCUUCAUUUAUAUAGGAACCUAAUUAUCAUUAGAUACGUGAAGCCGGCACAAGCUCGUGUUGCCAGGGAACCAUAUUCCCGUUUUCUGUAGUUAUAGCCACUUUUGUUUGUUUAUAUUCGUUUUCUUUUUAUUGCCCCUUCCUUAUUACCCCAUGUCACCACCCCUUCCUCCUCCUUCCUGCUUGGUCAACAAAAAAAAUGCUUGUUUUGCAAAUGAGUGGAUGGAAGUUGUUCUCCCAGCACAUCUCUUCGUAGGUAUUAUCGGUAGUAUGCAUAGACUCUCUUUUCCUCUAUCAAAUUUGUGAUAGUGCAACCUAGUAAUAUAAAUAGUGUUAUUUUAAGGGGGAUGUUACAAUGGACUAUAACCUACGAAUGCAGGGGAAUGAAAUAGGGUGCAUCUCAAUGCACGUACGGACUGUAUUGUAAUACUGUAUAGUAAGAUUAAUAAUUUUUUUCUCUCGCUCUCUGUGUUCUUUGAAGGGUUUAAAAAUGGUUGAACUGUUGUCAUGUCUCUGUACAAUUUAUAUUUGUUCAAUCCUGUAAGAAUUAAUGAUGUUUAUUUGUGUUUAAUAUAGAGUAACACUUUGUUUCAAUGGAAGAAGUUUGAGACUCAUAAAUAGAUCAAAUAAUUCUAUUAAUAAAAAACCAUGUAUCCCCCCAAAAAUAAGGCAAAAAAAAAGAAAAUAGGGGCCUUUUUUAGUGCAUAAAAUACUUUCUACAUGAUUUGCCUUACACAUGAUGCAUACAAUGUGUGUAUAUA